AUGAGUGAAGAGAAUAAUAUUUUGACACCCCGGGCAAGAGGCAGAGGGAACGUCAUUCAUACCCCGGUGUCGGAACAGAAAAAGCAACAACAACAGCGACAACAACAAAUGAUGGCAGAACACAAAUUUCACGCUUUGACGGCUCGACGGACUGCAGUUGCAGCAAAGCUCCAGCGCGUGAAAGAUCUGUUGGGACAGGCAGCCAACAUCACUGUUUACCACCUAGAAACGUAUCUGCGACGGGUAGAUUCCUGCUACGAAGAGUAUAACACGAUCCAGAACGAAGUGUACACGGAGUUUCCCGGUCAGCGGCUGGAGCAGGAACGGUAUUUCGUCGAGUUUGAAAACGUCUACGAGGAUCUGCGUAUCGAACUCUGUCAAGCGAUCGACGGUAUUCGAAAAAAUGACAAUAAGCUAACGGUGGCAGAAGUCAUUCCCCAGCCAGCUGCUGUGAAUCAUGUUCCCGGGUUGCCCAACGUUCCCCUACCAAGCUUCGAUGGAGCGUACGAAAAAUGGUACCGCUUCAAACAGCUUUUCGUAGACCUCAUGCAGAAACACCACCACCUUUCGGAUGCCACCAAACUGUACUACUUGCAACAGUGUUUGAAGGGGAAGGCAGAGAGCGUACUGAGCGACCAGGUGGUAAACGAGAACAAUUUCCAGCUGGCCUGGAAAGCUCUUGAGGAGCGGUUCGAAAAUAAAAGGACUAUUGUAGACGUGCACAUCGGAGGGCUGCUAAAUUUGCGGAAAAUGACGAAGGAAAGCUCUAUCGAAUUACGCCAACUCGUCGAUGAUUGCAGUCGGCACGUCGAAGCGCUAAAGUUCCACGCUCUGCCGAUGCAAGGAAUGUCUGAACAACUUGUUGUUUCGCUCCUAACCUCCAAGCUCGAUAAUGCAACAGCAGCAUUGUGGGAGAACAGCGUGGAGCCAAGGGAACUUCCGGAGUAUGAGGAAACCAUUCAGUUCCUGCAAAACCGCUGCUUUGUCCUGGAGCGGUGCGAAAGCAAGACGAAGUGCAAAAUCCUUGAAACGACCAAGAUGAAGCCAGUGGUACCGACCGCGAAGCCUAUGCAGAGGGUGCAUGCGGUGCAAGCAGCGGAGGAUGUGUGUUCCAUCUGCGACAGUACGCACAACGUAAACAAGUGUGAAGUGCUGAAGCAAAUGACAGUGUCGGACAGAAUGGAGAUGACUAAAAAGCGCAACCUGUGCUUCAAUUGCCUGAAGCGCGGCCAUCGAGUUGGUCAGUGUAGAUCAAGAGCGUGUACAGUGAGCGGAUGCGGUAAGAGGCACCACACCUUACUGCAUUUUGAAGAAAUUUCGUCGGAGCAGCCGGUUCCAAUUAGAAGCGCCGCGGAGCAGCAGGAAGAUGUUGCGCCGCAGUUGACUCCGUCGAUAUCCGGUAUCAGCAUCGCAAUGCCAUCACAACGAGUUCACGAAAAGGAGAUUUUACUUUCGACUGCGAUUGUGGAGCUGCAAGAUUCUAGCGGAUCGUAUCAUCUGUGUCGAGCCCUAUUAGAUUCGGGGUCGCAGUCCAGCUUUGUUACCGAAAGCGUCGUCCGGCGUCUGCGGCUGCGGCGGGAACGAGUUCGAGCUCCUGUCAUCGGAAUCAGUGGAGAUAGACGUGUCGUUUCACAUCAAGCCGUGGCGCAAAUCAAGUCCAUGUACAGCGAAGCAUCCUGGACUCUCGACUUCCUAGUGGUUCCGCACGUUACUGGAUGUCUGCCGGCUCGGAAGAUCGACACUGACCAGUGGCAGAUACCAUCGGAGUUGCUGCUGGCGGAUCCAAGGUUUAGUGUGCCAGCCAAGGUGGACAUGCUCAUAGGAGCGGAACUGUUUUUUGAGUUGCUGUUAAUGGAUCGUCUGAAGCUCAACGAUUGUCAAGCGAUGCUGUGGAACACAAAGCUGGGAUGGAUCGUGAGCGGAGCAUUUCCAAGCAUCCAACGAACAGUAGUAGCUGCGUCCCACAUUGCGUAUCUGGAAUCACCGGAGUCGAACCUGGAGGGUCUAGUACAACGAUUCUGGGAUCAGGAGGAAGUUGGAGGAACGGCGGUGUCAAGCACAGAAGAUCAGCAAUGCCUGGAGCAUUUCGCCAAAACCCAUCGACGUGAAGAAGGGCAUUUCGUGGUCCGAUUACCUUUUCGAGACAACGUGAACCAGCUUGGAGAAUCUCGUGCCAUAGCAGAAAGGCGUUUCUAUCAAUUGGAGAAGAAGCUCAACCUGAACCCCGACCUCAAGCUACAGUACUCCGCCUUUAUAAACGAGUACAUUAGUUUGGGACACUGUGUGAAGGUCAAGGACAAUGGUAGUACUGGGUUCUUCCUACCGCACCACGCCAUUUUGAAGCCAUCGAGUUCAUCUACCAAAUUGCGUGUGGUGUUCGAUGCAUCCGCACGAUCGGAUACCAAUGUCUCAUUGAACGAUGUGCUGAUGAACGGACCGACGAUCCAGGACACCCUAGCAGCUAUAGUACUACGCUCUCGGAAAUACAAGUUUUUGUUCUCCGCCGACGUCAUCAAGAUGUUCCGUCAGGUGCGGGUAGACGACAGAGACACCAGUUUCCAGAAGAUACUGUAUAGAGACGAUCCAACCACCGAACUGAGCGUUUUUGAGUUGAAGACGGUUACAUACGGCACAUCAUGUGCGCCGUUUUGUGCGACCGCUUGCUUGAGACAGCUCGCCAUCGACGAAGAGAAGGAUUUCCCACUUGGAGCGCGGGUGGUGAAACAAGAUGUUUAUAUGGAUGACGCAAUCACCGGAGCUGACAGUCUAGAAGAAGCAUUGAAGUGCCAGUCGCAGCUCAUCGAACUACUGAAGCGAGGGGGUUUCGAACUCCACAAGUGGUGCGCAAAUACCCCUGAAUUGCUGCAACGCAUUCCGGAGCAUGCCAGGGAGCAGCAAGUAAACAUCGAAGAACGAGAAUUCAACGACUUGAUAAAGACCCUAGGACUGUUGUGGGAUCCAUCAGCUGACGUGUUCCUGUUUCGAAUGCAGCCAAACGAUGAGUCACCAGAAGUCUACACAAAGCGACUUGUUUUAUCCGAGACGGCGAAGAUAUUCGAUCCCCUCGGCUUACUGGAGCCGGUCACAGUGCUAGCGAAGCUCUUCAUUCAGCAGCUGUGGUCGCAAGAGCUGAGUUGGGAUGAACCUCUAUCAACCGAGCUGAAUUCAACGUGGCGACAAUUCAAGGAACCGUUGCAGGAGAUAAACGAAAUUCGGAUUCCGCGUAGAGUGGUAGUAGACGAUGCCGCAUCCUUCGAAGUACACGGGUUUUCAGAUGCAAGUCAAAAGGCUUAUGGAGCCUGUGUGUAUCUACGGAGCUUGAAGAGUGACGGUACCUCUGAGAUGCACUUGUUGAGCAGUAAAACUCGUGUCACACCACUUCCCAGCAAGCCAGGGAGUAAGAAGGCAAGAAGACCGUACACCAUACCGAGAGCUGAACUGUGCGGCGCUCUUCUGCUAUCGAAGCUGGUCACAGGUGUACUGAAAGCCAUGGACAUGGCGAUCGACAAGGUGUCAACAGCCAGUCUCGAAAUCUUCGUUGGUAGCCGAGUUCGAGAGAUCAAUCAACUAACACAUGACUUCGAGUGGCGGUACAUCUCUUCCAAGGAUAAUCCCGCUGAUUUGGCUUCCAGGGGAGUCACUCCGUCGGAUCUACAGUACUCAAACCUAUGGUGGCACGGUCCUGCCAUGCUGCUACAGAACGACAACCUUUACGUACCUCCCGAACCACGUACGUUCAGCGAGGAGCAACUAGAAAUCGAUGAUCACACCUACUGUCAAUUGGUUGUGCGCCUCAAUCCGUGCGAGCUACUAACAAGAUACAGUAACUUUAGAAAACUUCAACGUGUGGUAGCCUAUCUGUAUCGAUUCGUCAACAACUGCCGCAAGAAGAAGACCGAGCGAACAUCUGGCUCGCUUUCCAUCCUGGAGCUACGUAGCGCGACAUUGAAGAUCAUUUGGAAUGUGCAGCGGGAAGCAUUUGCCGAUGAGUUGCACAUGUUGCAGCACAACAGGACGAAAAAGAGCAAGUUUCUGCAACUAGCGCCGUUUUUGGACUCGGACGGGUUGCUGCGAGUCGGCGGCCGUCUGAAGCAUACGAAGCUACCGUUUCAUCGAAAGCAUCAGCUGCUAUUGCCGCCUGGACACCACGUCACACGAAUUUUGAUCGAGUCACUACAUAAGGAACUCCUCCACGUGGGCCAACAAGGACUACUUGCCAUGGUUCGGCAACGAUACUGGCCGAUAAGAGGUAAGGGUAUUGUUCGUCAAGUUGUUAAGAAGUGUGUGCGUUGCUUCCGGAUGAACCCUCCGGAAAAUGAGCAGUUCAUGGGCAACCUGCCGGACUAUCGUGUUGUACCCGCUCCGCCUUUCGCUAAAACUGGCAUCGAUUACGCAGGUCCCAUUUACAUAAAACAAGGUCGACGGCAAGCACGUGUCAAGGCAUACAUUGCUGUCUUUAUUUGUAUGAGUACGAAGGCCAUACAUUUGGAGGUAGCGUCCGAUCUAACCACAGAAGCAUUCCUGGCAACUUUGCAGCGAUUCGUCGGUAGGAGAGGAACACCAGAACAGCUCCAUUCGGACAAUGCUACAAACUUUUGCGGAGCGCAGUCCGAAUUGACAGAGCUGUACGAGCUAUUCAAGCAACAGCAGACCGCCACUAAGAUCAACGAGUUUUGUGAUGCGAAGGAGAUACAAUGGUCUUUCAUCCCGCCUCGUUCUCCUAAUUUCGGCGGUAUAUGGGAGGCUGGGGUGAAGGCGGCCAAGUCAUUGCUGAAGAAGGUGUUGUGCGAAACUUCCUUGUCCUACGAGGAGCUUACAACAGUAGUCGUCCAAAUAGAGGCCAUCCUCAAUUCACGGCCGAUGACACAGUUGACGUGCGACCCAAACGAUUUAACGGCGCUGACUCCAGCUCACUUUUUGGUGGGUCGUGAACUCACGGCGUAUCCGGAACCGAGUUACGAAGAAGUUAAGGUGUCGCGGUUGUCACGUUGGCAGUAUCUUCGAAGACAAAAACAAGUGUUCUGGGCGAGAUGGUCUUCGGAAUACCUGAACGAACUGCAACCUAGAGGAAAAUGGUAUAAACAAAAGCUGAUUAUUAAACCUGGAAUGCUAGUGGUCCUGCGAGAGGAGAAUAUGGCACCGCAACAAUGGCGAAUGGGACGGAUUGUUCAGACUCACCCUGGCUCGGAUAACAUCGUCCGAGUGGUUACCAUCCGAACAACAACCGGCGAAGUCAAAAGAGCCAUCAGCAAGAUCGCUGUUUUGCCAAUUGAGGAAGGUUCCGUUUAA